UUUCCUCGUUUGACAGCAGGGGCUCGUUUUACUGCACAAAACAACAAGGAUGAAGAUUUCCAGCGACGAUGCGGCAACAGAGAUAACCGAGGAGAGGUUUAGGUAGCUCAAAGGACCGACAGCUCUUCUCUAUAUCUCCCGCUGUGCGCUGCGAAAUCAACGCCGGGGCAACUUGAAUAUCGACCGGACUGCAGAUGAAUGCCUGAGUCUUAAACUGCCCCUCGGAUUUGUUGUUGUUAGCCGCUAAUGCUAACCAUAGAAGUUGCGAGCUAGCAGGCUAGCUGGCCUAGCAUGCUAAUGGUUAAAGCGCUGAAAAGGCGUUUAGUUUAGCUUUAGCAUUUAGCUUUAGCUCAGCUGUGUGUUUUGGUUUACUCAGUGCUGUCGGGCGAGUAAACUCGACUUUGUGUAUGCUGAUGGAGCCAGCUCACCGUGGCUUCAGUGGUUCAAGAGCUGCAGCUUUGGCUAAGCUUUUUAAAGUAUCAAACCUUUAACAUAAGUAGUUUCCUAACGUUAGCCUGCUAGUUAGCCACCACUACAACCCCCCCUUUGGAAGAAUGAGUAGAAAACACAAUCAUUUAAAAGGAGCAGAAGUCAGCUGCUGCGUGAAGUACUUCUUAUUUGGAUUCAACAUUUUAUUCUGGUUACUAGGAGCAGCAUUCUUGGGCAUAGGCCUGUGGGCAUGGGCGGAGAAGGGCGUGCUGUCCAAUCUGUCAUCCAUCACAGACCUAGGGGGUUUUGACCCCGUGUGGCUCUUCAUUGUCGUUGGAGGGGUCAUGUUCAUCCUGGGCUUUGCUGGCUGUAUCGGAGCGCUCAGAGAGAACACUUUCCUGCUUAAAUUUUUUUCUGUGUUCCUGGGUUUGAUCUUCUUCUUGGAGCUGACUGCAGGGAUCCUUGCCUUCGUCUUUAAGGACUGGAUCAAAGACCAGCUGAACUUCUUCAUCAACAACAAUGUCAAGGCCUACCGCGAUGACAUCGACUUGCAAAAUCUCAUUGACUUUGCCCAGGAAUAUUGGUCAUGCUGUGGAGCUCACGGGUCGGACGACUGGAACCUGAACAUCUAUUUUAACUGCACUGAGCUGAACCCCAGUAGGGAGCGCUGUGGAGUCCCCUUCUCCUGCUGUAUCAAAGACCCUGCAGAGGAUGUCAUCAACACGCAGUGUGGUUAUGAUGUUCGGCUUCAAGGGGAGCUGGACCGGCAGAAAUAUAUCUAUACCAAGGGCUGUGUGGGACAGUUUGAGAAGUGGCUUCAGGACAACUUGAUUAUUGUAGCUGGGAUCUUUGUUGGUAUUGCACUUUUACAGAUUUUUGGUAUCUGCCUUGCUCAAAACCUGGUUAGUGAUGUUAAGGCUGUGAAAGCCAACUGGUGACAGGAGAGGUUGAGUGAGGGACAACCCCCCCCGUCCCUCACGGCCAGCCAAGUCAACACAGCACACUAACGGUCCCGUCCAGCUGAGGACGGAGCACCGACAGCAUUCAACUCUACUUUGCCACUGAACUAAGCAGCACAUACACUCUCCCACACUUGUAUAUGUGCGGACACCAAGAGUUUACUUCCCUGUUUAUCAGUGACACUUGAAGGGAACAGACCCAAACAAACAUACAAACAGUCAACACUUUGUUUACCACUCAGCUGGGUUUUUAACCCAAAUAUACAGAGGACGGUCCUGCCUUGUUCUUUUAUUUCUUUUUGUUUUAUUUUGUUCUUUGGACGCAUGUAUUUAUGGGGCGCAGUUGCAAAAGGACUUCUGUCAACUGGGAUUGGAAGCCAUGGAUGAAAGUGAGAGGAUACACAAAAACCAAGGAAGAGGGACAAUACGUCUCCUUUUUUUUUUUUUUUAGAUCAAGCCAGAGCCUCUUUCUACUCAGUGAGGGGUUGAACAUCUCCAACAAGCGGCCUGUUUUUAACUUGCUUAUCCCCACUUUACUUCUGUAGAGGCCGGCUGGCCAACACACACACGGAUUCUUCUGCGUGUCAUUUUUCUCCAUCGUGACCUUUUUAUGACCACUGAAAAAGACUCGGGAACACUGGCUGGUCAAGCCUGCAACUUCAAAUCAUUUCAGGAGAUUUAACAUUAUAAAUCAAAAUGUAAAAAGUGCCAUUAAUUUCCAGUGAUAUUUUUUUGUCUUCUUCCUGUUCUUUACAUGGAAUCUCUGCACCCCGCCCCUCAAUACCUCAGGGCCUGGCUGAAAAUACACACGUAUACUUUCUGCCACCGGUUAAAAGCAUAUCUUUUUUUUUCCAUCCAUGUCUGUUGAAUUUAGAUACACUAACUUAAUGUAGAAAAACAAUGACAGUUCCUCGAAAGUUGCCCUGUUUGCCCUGCAGUGAUUGUAUUAUCUGUUGAUUUACUGAAGGAUAUUGUAUUGUAUUAUAUGGAAGGGCCUGGUGUGGUUAGGAUUGUAGGUCUAUGCUAUACAGGGAAAAGGGUUUAAUGUUAGUUGAGAUUGUCUAUCUCUGGGCUUCCCUCAGGCACAUGGGAUUGCUGGUUUGGGGCCUUUUUAACUUGACGUAUGUUAUCACAUUUGUCUUAUAUUUUGUGCUCUGCAUAGUGAAAUAAGAAUAUUUGUCUGUUGUUUUUUUUUAAAGAUGUCCUUUAUUCAUCCUUUAUUUCCUGUCCUUUCAUAGACACAGAUUUUAAUUCUGGGUUCAUUGUUUGACUUUAGCAGGCACCUAUUUUACCUCUGACCCAUCAGUCAACUGCGAAAUAGCUUCUUUUUGUUGCGUUAUUAGCAGUCCUAAUGGAGACCAAAUAAUAUCAGCUGGCCACAAGCUAAUUGCCAAGGUUUUGUCUGGCUACAAUUCUGAUUUUGUUAGGAAUGCCAAGAAUAACAAAUAGCAUUUCUAGAUGGGCAAAAUGUGAAUCUAUUGUCCCUUUUAUGUGGGAAGUGCGAGUUAAAAUGAAAAAUCAAACAGAAAUUAAAAAUGUUACAGUAUCGCCUUUAUCUUUAAUUCAAUGUUUUGUCUUUUCGUUUGGACUGGUUUUUAAAUAGAAUAGUAAAUACGUGCUGUUACCUUUUUGAUAUUAGCAACAGCCUCAAUAUAACAUGAAUGCUGCUUUAACUUUGACUAGAUUAAUAUGUAGUACAGUAACCGAGCUAACAACACGUCUCACAUGGUGGCAUUUAAAGAAUCUGCCAUAUUUUUAUUGUUUUCCAGGCUAAGGGUAAUAUUCAGAUUAUUUGUUCUUUCUCAAGUUUACACUUUGUACUCCGCUUACCUUGCCAUUUGUUCUUUAAAAAAUCUUUUUACAUUAUGAGUUGCCCUCGCAGCUUUUCAUCUCGUCCACGAUCCUCACAGAAUGUAGUGUCUGAUAUAACUGGGUUCACUUGAUAAUACUGCAUAUUUCUGCCUGCAUUUAACCACUACAGUUGUUUCUGGUUGUAGCAGUAUUAUUAGGAUACAUAGCACAGGCAGGAUUUGGGUGGGAUUUACCCGACCACACACACACGGCUCCAUAUAUAAACACACACACGGCCAAAAAAACAUGGUUUGAAUUGCAACGCACAUGAGUUGAAAGAUGAGUAGCAUUAAUAUUCUGUGCACCAAAACUUUUCCUGCUUCACUGAGUCUGUCUCUAGAAUAUAUAUACAUAUAUAGGAGCACAUUCAGUAACAGCACCUUAUGAUCGUCUGGUGUGCGUACAUGUCACAUGUUGCUUUCACCCACACGCUCCCUCUUCAAAACAAAACCUGAUCUGACUGCACCUGUUUCAAAGCCUGUCAUUUUGAUGUAUUUUUAAACACGGCUCGUUUUGAAAAAAAGUAAAACGCAAGACGAAACAACAGUCAGUUGAUUUAGGCGUCACGAAUAGAAUAGAUCCAGUGGAGCACAAUGCAGCUCUGCUGGAGUGAUGGGAGUCUUAAUGACUUCUCUCAGUUGAAAUGGAUGAGUUUGCAUAGGAGAAGCUCAUUCAUUUUAGGGCUUAAGGUGUAAUCACUGAGUAAGAGCCUCGAGCAAUCUGAGAGAACAGAUGUUUUUUUCCUUCGAUCAAAUGUAGAAACAUUUACAGGAUAAAACCCAACUUAGAGCUAAAUUCUCACACAAAGUUGCCUGAUGCAACAUGAUUUCUUUAGUUUCUCAUCCUGUUAUUGUAAAUGUGUGUGGGCUUCUUUGAUUUCACUAACUGUUGUAAAUCAAUCGGUACCACUAGAGUCUAGAAGAUCAGGAUCAAACCCCCCCCCAACACCUUUCUAGUUUUAUCUCUCGAAAAGUGGGCUGAAGCAUAUAAUAUGUAAUUAAUUAGUUCAACAAAUCUUUGAAGUGUUUCCAUAUUCUCAGAUUGGAAGUCAUUGCUCAGGGUCUUAACUCUUUCCCCCCCCCA